GAUGUGAUGAUGAGGAAGAAAUCGGCUCUAAUGAUGGACAGUCGGUACUCUACGAUGAUAGAGAAUGCCUAUUACUACAGUAAUCCUCCAGACACGCCGCAAGUUGUUCGGAAAGUACGACCACCAAUGCAUGAGUAUAUCAGGAAACUUUUAUAUAAAGAUCUGUCUAAAGUCACCACAGAAAAGGUUCUGCGUCAAAUCAGGAAACUAAACUGGGAUGAUCCAGAGAUAGCCUUUUAUACGACCAAGUGCCUCAUUGCAGUGUGGAAUAUCAGGUUUAACUCUGUUCAUUGUGCCGCCAAUCUGCUAGCUGGUAUAGCUCCAUAUCAUGAGACAGUAGCAAUACAGGUUGUUGAUGGGGUUCUUGAAGAUAUAAGACUUGGGAUGGAGAUCAACCAUCCCAAGUAUAACCAGAGAAGAGUUAGCUGUGCUAAAUACCUUGGUGAAUUAUACAACUACAGAAUGGUGGAAUCUGCUGUCAUUUUCAAAACACUUUAUUCAUUCAUUACAUUUGGUGUUUCUAAUCAAG